AUGGCGACCGUCCGAAUCUGUGUCUGCGGUGACGAGGGCGUCGGCAAGAGCUCCCUCAUCACCUCGCUCGUCAAGGACGUCUUCGUCACCGCGAAGAUCCAGCCCGUGCUCCCCCAGGUGACGCUGCCGCCUACGCUGGGCACGCCCGACAACGUGACCACGACCAUCGUCGACACCUCGGCGCUGCCCCACGAACGACACGCGCUGCGCAAGGAGCUGCGCAAAUCCAACGUCAUCCUGCUCGUCUACUCGGACCACUACAGCUAUGAGCGCGUGGCCCUGUUCUGGAUGCCCUACUUCCGCUCCCUGGGCGUCAACGUGCCCGUGGUGCUGUGUGCCAACAAGGCCGAUCUGGCAUCCCAUGGCACAACGUCGCAGGUGGUGGCAGAGGAGAUGCUGCCGGUCAUGAACGAGUUCAAAGAGAUCGACUCGUGCAUCCGCACAAGCGCAAAGGAACACGCCAACAUCAACGAGGUCUUCUUCCUCUGCCAGAAAGCCGUCACGCACCCCAUAGCGCCGCUGUACGACUCGAAAGAGAGCGCGCUCAAGCCUGCGGCCGUGUCGGCGCUGCAGCGCGUGUUCCGCCUCUGCGACACGGACAAGGAUGGCUACUGGAACGACGAGGAGGUGGACGACUUCCAGAUCAAGUGCUUCGAGAAGCCCCUGGGCGAGGACGAUCUGGCCAACAUCAACAAGUCGAUGGAGCGGUUUGCGCCGGGUGCCACGGGAGACAAGGGCAUGGACGAGAAGGGCUUCUUGCUGCUGAACAAGAUGUUUGCGGAGAAGGGCCGGCACGAGACCAUCUGGAUCAUCCUGCGCAAGUUCCACUACACGGACAGUCUCAGUCUGCAGGACGCCUACCUGCGACCCAAGUUCGAGGUGGCGCAGUUCUCGUCGGCGGAGCUCAGUCCGGCUGGGUACCGCUUCUUCGUCGACCUGUUCCUCAAGUUCGACAAGGACAACGACGGCGGACUCAACGACGGAGAGCUCGCCAACCUGUUCGCGACCACGCCUGGGCUUCCGGCGUCUUGGACCGACUCUGCGUUUCCGUCGUGCACGGUACGCAACGAAGCUGGCCACAUCACGCUCCAGGGCUGGCUGGCGCAGUGGAGCAUGACGACGUUUGAGGCGCCCAAGACGACGCUGGAGUACCUGGCCUACCUCGGAUUCGAGAGCAGCGAGCGAAGCGGGACGACGAGCGCGCUGAAGCAGACCAAGGCUAGGAAGCGGCGGAAUCGGCCUGGACGGGUGGAGCGCAACGUUCUUCUAUGCUACGUGCUGGGGUCGAGGGGCAGCGGGAAGAGCGCGCUGCUGUCGGCGUUUCUGCAGCGACCGUUCACGCCGACGUACCACCCCACGAUCCAGCCUCGAUCGGCAGUCAACAGCGUGGAGCUCCCCGGCGGCAAGCAAUGCUACCUGAUUCUGGAAGAGCUAGGGGAGCUCGAGCCGGCGAUCCUGGAGAACCAGGCCAAGCUCGACGCGUGCGACCUGCUGUGCUACACGUACGACUCUUCUGACCCGGACAGCUUUGCGCACAUUGUCGAGCUGCGCAGCCGGUACGCUCACCUGGACAAGCUGCCGGCCGUGUACACGGCGCUCAAGGCGGACCAGGACAAGACGAUGCAGCGGUGCGAGCAGCAGCCGGACGAGUACACGAGCGGGCUGCGCAUGGCACCGCCGCUGCACGUCAGCGCGACGUGGAGCAGCAUCUCGGAGCUGUUUGUUCAGCUGGCGGAGUGUGCGACGCACCCGUCCACGGCGUUUCCGAAGAACGAAGACGAGGGUGGCUACGAUAGGAUGAACGUGUACCUGGCGCUGGGCGCUGUGACGUGCGUGGUUGCGUCGGCGCUGAUCAUCUGGAAGCGGAACAGCGCGUCGUCGUCGGCGUCGUCGUCGUGGUCGUGA